CCGAGCCGCGGGGCCAGCGAGCGGAGGAGCAGGUGCUCGGAGCCCAGCCGCGCCAGCGUCGCGCGGCCGCUGCCCAAGUUCGCCCGGGGCCCAAGGAGGGCCGGGCAACCAGGAGAGGAGCUCAACGACUGCAACCGCGGACUUGGAGUCUCGAGAGGAGAAGGGCUCAUAGAGCAAGGAGUCCGGGUCACUCCCGGGAGGUGUUACCGGGGCUCCGCAGUUCCCGGCUCCCGCUGGGGCAGGGAAGAGAAGAGACAGGGAACAGCGAAGCUGGGCUUUUCUGGAGACACGAGGCACCCCUGAGAGUGGCGCCCAGGGGAGAAGCGACACUCUCCUCUGACCAGCAGCCUUGAAGGGACUCGGCAGCGAGCAGCUUCCCGCAGAAGCCUUCUUCCUUGAGAAGAAGCCCCCAGCCCCAGGCGAGGGCGGGCACAUCGCAGAGCUCAAGCGCAGGACUUGGGGAAGCCUUAUCGGGUUCCGGCCAAACGCAGCCGGCAGCAGUGAGAAGGAAGGGUCCUGGAGAGAAGGGAACGAGGUAGCAGCGGCGACCACUCACCCCAGUACACACCCACCCCACCCGCCCAGCCAAGAGCCGCGGUGCGCCUCUGGGGGCGCUCGUUCCUUGGCGCCUUCUCUCCUGUGUCCCAGCACCGCUGGGCUACCGGCCAGGCUGGUGGGGUCCUUGGGGAUGUCCAAAUCAGGCAUGGUUGCCGAGUGGUCCCUUUCCCAGGAUCAGCGUAAAAGCUGGGGUUAAGCGGGGCAGGGGGGACUCAGCGCAGGGUCCCCCGAGGUCCAGAACGAGUGGAGGCGGAAGCAGCGCCCGGGGACUGGAGAGGAGGCUCCCAGUGGGGACCCUCCAGAGGUAGUGCCCGGUGUCUGACAUCCUUCAGGAAGACAAGGAAAGCCUGGGAGGCUCUCGGGAGAGGCCAGUACCAGGGGCGGCGGGCCGAGGCGGCGCUCAGUCCCGGGCGGGCGCCCGCGGAGGCGGCGGCGGCGGCGCCGGGCGGGCAUGCCGCGCCACCGGAGCUCCUUUCGGGCGCACGCUUCCCUGGCGCGGGCUGCGCGCGGCUGCUGCUGCUUCCACUGCUGCUGCGGACUCCCAUGGCGGCUCCGCCCGGCCGGGGCCGCCGCUGCCGCCAGCCGCGGGCUGAAUGAAUGAGCCGGAGCGGCGGAGCCGGGCUGCCCGCGGCCGCGCUCCCCGGCCCGGGACGCUUCCGCAUGGCCCGCGAGCAGCCGGCGCCCGCGGCGGUGGCGGCGGCCGGGCAGCCCGGGGGUGGUAGGGGCAGCGAGCGGACGCUGCAGGGGCCAGGGGUCGCCCGCAGGGGGCGGCCGUCUCUGAGCCGCACUAAACUGCACGGGCUGCGGCACAUGUGCGCCGGGCGCACGGCGUCAGGGGGCUCCUUCCAGCGGCGGGCGCUCUGGGUACUGGCCUUCUGUACGUCCCUCGGCUUGCUGCUGUCCUGGUCUUCGAACCGCCUUCUCUACUGGCUCAGCUUCCCGUCACACACGCGGGUGCACCGGGAGUGGAGCCGCCAGCUGCCCUUCCCCGCCGUCACUGUGUGCAACAACAACCCGCUGCGCUUCCCGCGCCUCUCCAAGGGGGACCUCUACUACGCCGGUCACUGGCUCGGGCUACUGCUGCCCAACCGCACCGCGCGCCCGCUGGUCAGCGAGCUGCUGAGGGGCGACGAGCCGCGCCGCCAGUGGUUCCGCAAGCUGGCUGACUUCCGCCUCUUCCUGCCGCCGCGCCACUUUGAGGGCAUCAGCGCCGCCUUCAUGGACCGCCUGGGCCACCAGCUUGAGGACAUGCUGCUUUCCUGCAAGUACCGAGGCGAGCUCUGCGGCCCGCACAACUUCUCCUCUGUGUUUACAAAAUAUGGGAAGUGUUACAUGUUUAACUCAGGCGAGGAUGGCAAGCCUCUGCUCACCACGGUCAAGGGGGGGACGGGCAACGGGCUGGAGAUCAUGCUGGACAUUCAGCAAGAUGAGUACCUGCCCAUCUGGGGAGAGACAGAGGAAACGACGUUUGAAGCAGGCGUGAAAGUUCAGAUCCACAGUCAGUCUGAGCCGCCUUUCAUCCAAGAGCUGGGCUUCGGGGUGGCUCCAGGGUUCCAGACCUUCGUGGCCACACAGGAGCAGAGGCUCACAUACCUGCCCCCGCCGUGGGGUGAGUGCCGGUCCUCGGAGAUGGGGCUCGACUUCUUUCCUGUUUACAGUAUCACCGCCUGUCGGAUUGACUGUGAGACCCGCUACAUCGUGGAGAACUGCAACUGCCGCAUGGUCCACAUGCCAGGGGAUGCCCCUUUCUGUACCCCUGAACAGCACAAGGAGUGUGCAGAGCCUGCCCUAGGUCUGCUGGCGGAAAAGGACAGCAAUUACUGUCUCUGCAGGACCCCCUGCAACCUAACCCGAUACAACAAAGAGCUCUCCAUGGUAAAGAUCCCCAGCAAGACGUCUGCCAAGUACCUUGAGAAGAAAUUUAACAAAUCAGAAAAAUACAUCUCAGAGAACAUCCUCGUUCUGGAUAUCUUUUUUGAAGCUCUCAAUUACGAGACAAUUGAACAGAAGAAAGCAUAUGAAGUCGCAGCCUUACUUGGUGACAUUGGUGGUCAGAUGGGAUUGUUUAUUGGUGCUAGUAUCCUUACAAUACUAGAGCUCUUUGAUUAUAUUUAUGAGCUGAUCAAAGAGAAGCUAUUAGACCUGCUUGGAAAAGAGGAGGAUGAAGGGAGCCAUGAUGAGAAUGUGAGCACUUGUGACACGAUGCCAAACCACUCUGAAACCAUCAGCCACACUGUGAAUGUGCCCCUGCAGACAGCGUUGGGCACCUUGGAGGAGAUUGCCUGCUGACACCUCUCGGGCGACCCAGCACCCUCCAAACAGACCUUAAGGCCCAAGACCCAAGACAGGGGACAGCAAGCUCAGGUGGGAUGGCCCCUGACGACAGAAAGAAGCAAGAGCCCCCUAUGCACACAUUGCAAACUUCUGCCAAACCUCACUCCGGCCACGUCUGACAUGAAGCGUCCCUGGGCCCAGACGUGCGUCCCUCGUAGGAGAGAUGAGUCACACUCUGGAACUGUCCAAGAACCAACCUGCCAUCACAUCUCACUGCCAGAUGUAUAAAGCACCUGCAUGCUCAGACUUCUUAUGGCGCCACCUCCACAUCUGUCUUGUACAUGAUAUUCCUCCGUGCAGUUUCCAGCGUCCGCUCUGCCGCCAGUGCAGUGGGUCCAGAUUCCAGCCCCAAAGCCACCAUGAGGCCACGCUGGCACUAAAACUGCACAAUCAAGAGGGAAACUGCAGGACUCUACUAUGUUCGAUCCUUGUGUAGUUCGUGAAGGUUCUUAACCUGCCCACAACCCCUUUCCCCCAAACUGGCCCAUGGGGCUCCGGCACCUCAGGUGACCAGCACCAACCUCCCUCCUGCCCCAGCGCCUGUGAAGGUGGCACAGUGUCCUGGGCGAUCCCAGUAUCCAUCCAUGGAGCCAUGUCGUUCUUCUCUCCCUGUGACACAGCUUGUACAGUCUGAUUCUUUUUUUAUUGGGGGGGGUGCUUUUUGUUUGUCUGUUGGAGAUUUUUGUUUGGGUUUUGUUUUAUGAUUUUUUUCCCUUUUUUUUUUUUUUGGUUUUGAUGUUCUAAGGUUAGGUUUGGUUUGGUUUGGUUUUACCAUUUUCUUUGGAGUUUAUUUAUUCGUGCUUCAAAUCACAGUCAUAUUAAAAGCUG